UCAGCUGCUCCAUUCGUUUACAGACCUGCGUUUACUUACAGUGCUCCAGUAACUAAAACCAGAAAAAAAGCGAAAAUUCUUUCCAACCAGUACCAUCCUGCCAGUAUCCAUUCGGUCAGCCUGCCGUCUGAGAACCCACCUUCUGUGGUUCAGCCUGGUGCCUCGGCACCCGCAAUUCAGCCUGAUGUCUCUACCCAGCCGAUGCCCGCUGUCGUGCCUGAUGACCCAAUGCCAGCUGUCGAGCCAGAUGACCUGAUGCCUGCCAGACGAUCCAAUGCCUGAUGACCCAGUGCCCGCUGUCAUGCCUGGUGACCCGAUGCCCACUGUCGAGCCAGACGAUCCAAUGCCUGAUGACCCAGUGCCCGCUGUCAUACCUGGUGACCCGAUGCCCGAUGCCCGCUGUCGAGCCAGACGAUCCAAUGCCUGAUGACCC